AUGACCCCAAACGCCCGUUUCACUAGAAAGCCGCUGCAGCCUUCCAAAUACGAUAGGGGCGGGUCUGUCCGACGCUGGAUUAGGGUUGUUUGUUUGUUUGUUUGUUUUCUUUCUCCUCUUUUUCUUCUUCUUUUGUGUGCGGCUCGAAUUCUUUGUCCUUGCUCGUGUUGCUGGCGAAUUCGCCAUCGCGCUCGCUGCUUUGCCUCCCCGACCCCGCCCCAACCCCCCUUUUCCGCAUCUUCAGUGGCCGUGUUGAUGUUUUUUCUUGCCCGUCGCGGGUGGACACAUUGUUCAAACGGGGCAAGGCGCGUCUUGUCCUGUCUCCAGGCUCCGUCAUUCCAGAGUCAAGAGAUCCAGCUGCGCGAAUGGACGGGCCAAUCUCGACGGCCCACGAGACCCCCCUCUUGGGGCAGUGGACGACGGCGGCCUAGUGACCAAGGAAUUCUAAGACAUCGACUCGCUCUUCGGCGGAGUUCAUCUUACACUCUGAUCUUACAGUGGUGGGUCCCCCAACCUGGUGUGUAG